GAUAUUCCCCGGUUCACACGGGGUGAUUUCUCCUGAUACCGUAUGAAACGUGUCUCUCUUGAAUUUUUUUCUUCGUGAACGUAUCGGUCUGCCGGGUAUCCUUGGAAGACAAUGGAUCCUCGAGGAGAGAUCGUGUCCGUGCACUUCUGAUACCUUUUUUCAUCCUCCAUGGGCAGACUGUACGACGAUCCAUUGACUGGUAACGGAACGGCACUAGGAACGAUCGAGGAAGCUUAGGAUCAUGGAAUUCUACGACGUGGGAAGCAGCGACCUUAGGGAACUGUGGGAGUCCUAUCUCUCAGAACCGGCCCUCGGCCAGGACGUUCUGAUGGGGACCAAGGAAGAAGAAUGGGGCAAUGCGUUGAGCAUACGAGACAAAUCUUCGAUGGGAGUGGUGUUGAGGGAUCGUUUGAUGACGGAUGCCGCCCUCGGAGGUCCACGACCGAUCAAGUCCGAGCACAAUUACAGUCUGUUGGCGUCGAGUCCUCCACCGAGCCCCGCGACACCCGGUGCCAACCCUCAUACACCUAAUUCUGGCUCGUCCGCCGACAGGGUUGGCGCCUCCCUCUCCACCACCAGUUCCUCCAUCGAUUCUACUAACCUGGAUCACCAUAAAUCGUUGGAUAUUCGGAGCAGAAUCGACGAUAUGGAGGAGGAGUGUUUCCCAGCGAUCUCGAUGAACACCGCGUCAGGCCGCGACGAAUUGUCCUCGUCGUCGUCGACGUCGUCUACCUCAACAAUUAUCCUAAAGAGAAGCAACAACUUAGUACCUGAAGACGUGGGGUGCGCCGAGAUCAAAGGGGAACCGCUCAGCGCGCCGAAUAGUCCAUCGGAAUCCUGUCAUACGACGAUAGUCGACGACAAGAACACGAUAACCAUGGUGUUUCCACAGACUUUUCAUUUCUCGAAGAGCCACAUGGCGCAGGACAGCGACAGCGAGGAGGAUGACGAGGAAUAUUAUCAGGGUAUGGAGGUGGAGGAGUAUAACGAGGAGGCAGGCGACGAGAAGCAGGCGGAUCUGCGCGCGUCCAGGCAGGGCUUGCCGCCGACGCCGCCGAGCAGCGCGAGCUCCGACAGCGAGGGCACCGCUUCCGCUUCCUGCUCGCCGGAACGCCGAGAUUCCCAGAGCUCCGCGCACGCACAGAAUCUCAGGGGCUUGUUGGCGCCCAGGCUGUACGUCACGAACGCCACGCACACCACCAGACAACCGAUCCACACACCCUUGAUUUCCUGUCAACCGAAAGGGUCGACGGGAGUGUUAACGCUGACGGAAGAAGAGAAGAGGACACUGAUCGCGGAGGGUUACCCCGUGCCCACCAAACUACCGUUGACGAAACAGGAGGAGAAAUCCCUGAAGAAGGUUCGCAGGAAAAUUAAAAACAAGAUAUCAGCACAAGAGUCUCGACGGAAGAAAAAAGAGUACAUGGACGGCCUUGAGAGACGUGUGACCAUGUUAACAAACGAAAACUCCUCCUACAGGGACAGGUUAACCGCCCUGGAAGACACGAAUCGCGAGCUCUUAAAGGAACUUCAACGUCUUCAAGCUCUUCUUCAGCUGCAAAACUCCUAGAUCUUAACGUUCCCCGAGAAAAUAAACGAAACAAGAAAGAAACGUACGACGUUUUGAUACAUUUAAC